AUGGUAAACUUUAGAGGUUUUUUCUUGCCGAAAGAAGAAAAUGCUAAAGACGAUGGCGGGAACUCUGAACCCGACAGUGAAAGCGACAAUGACGAUUUCGAAAAUCCUGACUACAACGACAUCAUUCAGAUCGCUACGGGAAAAUAUCAAUCCCAGGACGAAACAAAAACUCGAUGUGUGGGAGAAAGACUGCAAGAAGUAGACUACAUCAACGGAAGCUUUGUUUUGAAGGGGGAGAAAGUGAUCCGCGCUCGAUUUGACAGCAUGUUCUCCUUUCCAUGGUGGAUGGUCGAAAUAUUUGAAAUCAAAACAAGUUCUAGAACGCAACGGACAGAAAAGAUUCCUUCUUACAGUAUUCGAUGUGACGAUGGUGUUGAUAAAUCUCUGCUGUCGUUGUUCCUUACUCAGGGAUGCUGUGUGAAUCAACAGCAUGUGACUGCAUUUUGUGAAUUCAUCGAAAGCAGACGGUUGAAACCAACGUUUGUGGAUCUUCUGAGCAACCUGGGGGAAUUCAGGGGUAGCAGUGAAGUGAACCAUGAAAUUGCGCUACAAAUCAAAACAAGUUUAGCCUGCACACGUAAGUUUUACCAUUUGCUAAUCUUCUAUAAGAAACCACUUUUGAACAGCUUGAUCACAUUUAAAACAAACUUCUGGGUAAUUCCACUUUCUUCUGACCUUGUGGAAAGAUUGCGUGACAUGUAACUGUGAACACAGGUACCCCAGCUCACUACGAGAGCCCGCGAGCAACAGUGCGUUUCUUAGCUCAUCGCAUACGUUUCGCACAGAUUCGUUUAAGUUAAUUAAGCAUAAAAGUGAAAUGUGAUGCAGAUUUUUACUCUUUUAUGCAUCAGUCAGUUCCAGCUGCACUCAUGGCAUUAGCAUUUUUUUGGCCUUGGGAGGCAUUAAAUGCCCCACAGUGGGGAUGAAAAAUGACCAUCCUCAAUCAUUCACUGAGCGCAUGGUGAAGUAUAGCCUGCAAACACAGAUUUCUCUUGAGUGGAGAGAAGCGAUGACCUGAAAUAGAUCUGUGUUCGCUGGCUAAAGCCAAGUGGUACCGCUUUAACCCAUUUGCUCCUGGAGAUUUUGCCGAAAAAUCUUUUUCUGGUCACUGUCGUGCUAUAAAGAGCUAAAACUUACCACAAACCAGUUUACAGGUCGUACACUUGGCGGCCUUCUGAUCCAGAUGCAAAAUAUCAGCUUGCGAAGUUCGGGCAUGCGCAGAAAGCAAAAUUUAGAGAUAGUGUUUGGGUUUAAAAGUGACACAGCAGUCUUGACUUUUACUUUUCGCUUUCUCUCCUCCCUUCUUUUUUUGCUUUACUUGCCUCAUUUUUUUUUUCUCUUGCUGGGCAUUUAGUUGGCUUCAUUUUGGUGGGAAGAGUUUUUAGGAAAGCUUUUAGGAUCUUAGGAUUAGGUGAAAGGAAAGGUAGGUGGGUAAUGGAACAAGAUUUUCAUGGAGAUUUUCAGGUCCUUGUCACGUGGUUUUUUGCUUCUUUCCCCGGUGUCCUUGACUGAAUUGUGCUCAUUCUGGUAUGGUUUGAAAGAUCUCUUCACUCUGUACAAGUUAGCGAAGAAAGUUGUCCUUGACCAUUAAAACUGAUGACGUCACAAAGGGUAGAAAGGACCUGGAUCAGCACAGGCGGUUACGGGCGGUUCAGGGGCGAAUGGGUUAAGCAUUUUCAAUGCGCUAUUUUUCAUUUCAGCUAACAUCUCCCUUUGUAAUAGUGCUAUUCUAAUUAAGACUUCAUACGUGGCAACACCAGUUUAUGAUUUUUAUUAUAUUAUUCUUAUUUACCUUGUUUUAAAUAGUCUGUUAGUAAAAAAAAUUGAUUAAUAGUAUGCUGCAAAGCUAUCUGUUUUGAAUAAUAAAUUAUCCUGGUUCACACUUGUGACAAAACAAUAUUAUGACGUGAGCAUAAUGGCACAAGAAGGUGGUUAUGUGAUUAUGUUUGUAGUGCGAAGAUGCUGAUAAAACGACAUUUCAACAACAUAUAACGACAUGAACAUAACGACAUAAGGAAAAACUGAUGUUGUCUUUAUGUCGUUCAGUCUGUCAUUAUGUUUAAAUUAUGCAAAGUAAAAACAAGCGUGAAACACCCUCAACAUGAUAUAACAAAGAACCAAUUGGAGCUUCUCAAAAACUAUCAAACUUAGUCUUCCUUGGGUGCAGCUUUCAAAAUGGUGGCUUCAGGGGAGGAUGUUAUGAUAGAUUUGUUAAAGUUCAUGAAGAUAUUGACAAAUUGCUAUCAGAAAAAGUUCAGAAAUACCCUGUCCUAUACAACAAAACCUUAAAGACCACAAAAUAAGAAUAAUGUGUGAAAGGAAAAGAAAAAAUAAUAAAAAUGGUGAAAGCAAUCUUCAAUCUUUCUUUAUUUCACACUAUGUAAGGCAUUUACACAAGUGUACGUAAGUAAAAGAACAAAGUAGCUGUUUAAUGAUCAUUGAGCUAAAAGACAUUAAGUUCAUUUGUGUACAGUGUCCAAAGUAGCAAGAGCUUUCUUGUUGGACAUCGUCAUGUUCAGCUAAUUGGCAACAGCAAGAGAGGAAAUAAAAUCUCAAAUAAUAUCAGUAAGCAAUUCAAGGCUAAGAUCAGAUUUGAUUUAUUAGAAGAUAGGACAUCCAUAUCUUUCUAAAACUUAUGAUAUGGUAGACACUUGAGACCAAGUGGUACAGUCUCCCAGAUGUUUGGAGUGGGGAUUUAAGGGGUAAUGAUUUGAAGCCUUUAAUGCUGAUGUUAUUGUUUCUGUAAACGAAUCAAAAUAUAGGCAAGCACAACAAUUAAGGAGAGUCUUUUCCUCCAUCUAUUUUUUUUACUCACAAUAAUGUCAUUUAUAUGUUGAUGUUUACAUUAGCAACAUAAGCUUCUUCAGUUAUUAUUACGUUGUUGUCGUUAUGUCAUCAUGUCGCAAGUGUGAACCAGGCUUUAAGGAGAUUUUUCAAAUAGUAGAUAGAUUAUACAUGUUAAUAAGUAGUUUCUUAGAAAUCGAUUUUGCGAUAAAUAUUAGCGAUAAAAAAUCACGAUGUUUCGACCUCUCCGAGGUCAUUUUCAAGUGUAUAAAAGUUCUCUAAAUUAGCAUAGAUAAGUUAAAAGCAAGUUAUAAUAGAUAAAAAUGUGGUGAACGCUAAAAUGUGAUAAAAUAUGUAAAAAUGUAAAAAGUGCUAAAAAAAAUAUUUAUAAAGUCAAAAAACAAUGGAAAUAAAACAAUGUUAACAAGAACUACUCUAAACAAAUAAUUUGGCGCGAAUUGAAUCGCACUGUUUGUUAAGUGUCGGUUUCAGUUCUUGGAUAAAAAACAUUUCAAAAAUAAGGCAGUCAAAUUUGUUCUUACACUUUCUUAAGAUUCUAAAACUUUGUGCGAUGUCUUCAGGCUCCAUAUCAUGCUGCUCUCUGAGGUGGUUUCCGAUUGCCGAUCCUUUGUGUUCUUCAAUUCGUUGGUGUAGGUGUCGGCACGUGUAGCCGACAUAACCUGCAUCACACAGGCUACACUGGAAAGAAUACACCACGCAUUGUUGACUCACAAGCCGGUCUAUCAGAGUUGUAAUAUGAUAAAUUUUGCGUUACGUAUGUGUGCCAUACUCUUGUGUUUAAUUACUGUAUCAUAUUGGCAGCGGUCGCACUAGGGUUUACCUCCAGAAUAACAGCAGUGUAAACGUAUCUGGUAUUAGUUUCACUGUUAACACCAAAUCAACUUUUUAUCCAUCGCAGAAUUUCCUUUGUAUAAGAUUGAAUUUUUGAAUUGCCGACAGAUGGGUGAUGAACAUGGGUUUAUUUCAAGUUUUAUUUAAAAAUACAUGUAAAACAUCAUGCUGGAUCAAAGCACUCUUGUGGCAAGUUUAGUUGAGACAUAAAUUUAAUUUUUAUUUCUUGUUUGUGAAGUGGAGGCUAUUUUUUCUCCAUGCCUUGAUUGUGAAGCAUACCUUACAAUUAGGUUGAUUAAGUUGAUUUGGAGAAGACAGCUCCUUAUGUUUGCCUUCAGAGCUGGGCAAAUUCAAAGAAUGGCUCACUGGAGAUGACCAAUUUGGGCCUAUCCAUGUUCACAGAGAUGUUAAAUAACCACAGGUCUUCUUCUGUGUCUUUUGGUCCUCUAAGUGAAUAAAAAUUUGUGGAAAACUCAUGUUUUUGCAAUAAAGAGUUAGCUUUUUCCUGUACGUGCAUGGCUACGAGUUUGGAAAUGCCAGGAAAUGUUAUCUGGGAAGUAUAAGUGUACUGGUUUCCUGUCCUAAAUUUCUGAUUGGCUCAAAAGCAAUUAACUUUAGUGUAUUAAACACUUAAGCUUCUCUACCAUGCUUUUGAGCGUGGUUUACACCAUGAUAAAUUUCCUUUCUAGAUGCUGCAUUACCCAAGCAACUUAUACUAAAACACCACAACUGCAAAAAAACCGGUUGGACUGAAAAUAAUAAAAACACUGAAAAACACAAUUUUAAACACUCAUGGUUUUUAACCCUGGUGUGACCAUAGACUUUCAAAAAAGUCGUUAGUCUGAUUUAAUUCGCGACUUCUUCGUUCACUUGGCCGCUUAGCGGUCUAAAAAGCUUGCUCCGCUUGCUAAGAAACUUGUGAGGUCGACUUGUAGCAAGUCUAGUGUGAUCACAGCCAUAUAUUAUAAUUUGUCGUUUCACUGUCAUGCCAACGACAGUAAAAAUCCAAACCACUCAAUAGAUACAUGUGUUGUAAAGUCACUAGAAUGUGGGGAAAAAAUAAAAAUAACAAUUUAAAAUUUAAAGCGCACGAAUUUCUAUAUGAAUAUAUAUAAUUAAAUGCACAAAAUAUAUACAAAGACCCUCACCAAGAUUCAGGUUGGUUCAAUUUUUGAUAUGCGCGAUGUUUGGAGAAAUGUUUUACCUAAAUUUAUAGAGGCAGCAUGAUGUGGGUCCGGCACCAACAUGGCUGCCAGAAACCAACAGAAACAUCUGUUCCCGAGUCUUGCUACAAAAGUGUGAAUUCAAUUCUCUUAAGGAACUCAUAAACAUUAAAGUAAUGCUUUUCCUAAUUCAGAUAGCAAAAUCCUCCAAAAUAAGUUACUUUUUUUUACCUAUAUGACAGCUCUCUUGGCCGCCAUGUAAAUGCUGUGUGACACAAAAUGUUAGAAAUUCAAAUGUACUCAUCUAUGACAAAAUGAAGAUGACCCUUUUAAAGUUUUUAUUACAAUGUAGCUGCUCUAACACUUCAUGAAAAUAAAAACUCAGGAGGGUUGACAAUUCUUUAUUUUUGAAUUGAUUGAUAUGAAAAAGGUUUGAAAUUAAAGUGCUUGAUUUACAUAAUAUAUUAUGCACUAACUCAGCAAGUAUAAGGUCCUGCAGCCAUGUGAAGGGUAUAGGUAAAGUUAAUGGAAACCAGAACUGAAGACUACCUCAGUGAUCAUUGUCGCAAUAAUCACUGAUCAGUGUGAUCAAUUUAUUUGUAUUUCACACUAUGUUUCCCCUGUUUUCCUGUAAUGGCAGACAGUUCCUCUAAACAAGCUUAUUUUUUGCAAAACACAGACAGAUGGCCUUUAUUUCAACAUGGCAAAGAAAAAGACCACAAUUCUUUUCAAUUUGUGCUAACUAGUAAACCAAUAGUAUACUAGUAUACCAGACUACCAACAGUCUAGUAGGGUUAAAAUGGUUCUGUAGAAUUUCAGAAAGUAAUGAAUUAUUACAGCAGGCUGAUCAUUUUUAUUUUCGUUUUUUUUUUUUAGCCACAGGAAAGGCCUUUCUGGUACCAGAGCUGACAAAAUUUGCUCAUCGCCUUUUUCCACUUCAUCUCAAAGCUCUUUUUUCUUCCCUGGAUCUCAAAGUGCUUCAAGACAUGGCAAAAGCACUUCAGGAUGAACCAUGGAUUCUGGGUUACCAGACUGUCAUGAAAGAAAGAUUUGGAUUAUCAGGCUGUGAGGUCAAGCUACCAUCAUUUGUUAACUGCAACCUUAUGGAAAAAAUGCCUCCUAUAAACCGAGAUGCUUUGUACGUUUACAAUGCCUUGUGUAAAGAUACAUAUAAGUAUGGUCACACCUAUGUUCCUUUGUGGAAGUUGAAACGUAACAAAUAUUACGAGCCUCCAUCCACACCAAGAGUUUAUCGUGUUACCACCUGGGAAGAAAGCCUGGCAUAUCUGAGGGAGAUAAAUGUGGUUAAGACUUCUGGCGAUGGUGAUGGGCGGUCUGUGUUUUUGCCACAUAUUCGCGGCUACGAGCAAAGUAUUGUUAGGAGCAUAUGUAAGAUGAUGCGAAAGAAGAGUCCGUGGGUCAACAAUUUGGAGAUUGAUGAAAAGGUGAAUGAUCUGUAAUGUUUUUGCUCGCUGUGCAAUUCUGCAAGCUGAUUAGCUGAUUAGAGUGUUGUUAAUUUCAUGUGAUGCACAAUUUUCAUGCGUAUCAUUUCCCCCCUCGUUGAGCACUUAAGAAUUUUACAGUUGUAUUGAAGUUUUUUGGUAAUUCUAAAGAUGGUGCCGGAGAAUUUUAAAAUAUGAAUCCAACAAUAAAGGAAAAGAGGAGUUUCAUGCUUGAAUUUCUGGGUAGUUUCUUGGUGUCGCAGAUGGGUGUAGUCACUAAAUGAUGUAAUACAAUAGAUUGAAAAGAAACAAGAACAAUUACCCGCACAAUACCGAACCAACAAUUGUUUCCACAACAACAAUAAACACCCAUUUGCUACUUGCAUCAUCCCUUUCAUCAUACACUUGCAUCGUAAAUUUAGAUGCAAUACCAAAAAAAUACAAGGAAGGUUUUCUUUUCUUAUACUUACGCCAUCAAAUGAAUGGGCUCCUGGUUCUACCAUCCUCCCUAAAAUAAAUACGUAGUGGAGAAAAUAUCUUUUUUGGACGAAAGACAUUCAUUCGAGUGCACUUUAUACGCGCAUUCGUUUGACAAUUUAUAACAAACAGAUAUUAAUUUUGAUAGGUUAUUCUUCUCUGACCAUUCUGCUACAAAUUCUUCAGAUUUCCCCUGGAAAUAAACAGUAUUCUAGCCUACUUCACAAGAUCAAAGAAAAGUUAAUUUUUAUCUGCCCUGCCCCCUACCCCCGGGACAGGACUGCCUCAAAUAUUUCCCCCACCCCCGGGUCCGAAGGGCUGGUUUUGUCAAAGGGUUUUCCGGAGGGGUUGAGGGUCAAUGGGAAUUAAACCAUGCAUUAUCCUUGUCUAUGUUUAUGUUUAUCCUUAUCUGAUACGUGUAAACCGGCGUUAACUUUUUCUUGUUUUCGGUCUCUAGGCCUUUGGUGGCGACAAAGACCAGUUGAGAGCGGCAAAAUUGAUAACAACGAGCCCUGUAGUAGUGUUGUCAGGGAGGGGUGGGUGCGGCAAAACCCAUGUGGUAUCCACAGUGUUAUCAAAGGCACUAGAAGUGAAGAGAAGUCAUUUGGCCGCAACCGAGUCGUGUACAAAACAAAGUGAAUCUACGUCUGUUGAGAAUUCACAAAGUUCCGCUGAUGCCACUCAAGACAUCGCUCAGUGCAUCUCAAGUCCACUUGUAAGCCCGAUGUGUUCUGGUUCAGAAACUCCUGUUAAGGACGACCGCUCUUCUCCGAACACGCCCAAGAAGAUUAAAAAGACCGACCCAUGUGGUGAUUCUGUGUUACUGACUGCACCAACAGGCAGAGCUGCUUCUAUUUUGGGCAAACGCACUGGUGUACCGUCAUACACACUGCAUUCUGUUAUUUUUAGUUACCUUCGCUGGUUGAAGGAAGUCAAGAAUAAUGAAAGCCAUUCCCCGUGGAAAUUUUCAGAUGUCAAGAUUCUUGUCUGUGAUGAAAGUUCGCUAAUUUCUGUCAAGACGUUUUCUACCCUUAUAAAUAUACUCAUGAAGAAAACUUCACUGCAACAGAUAGUCUUACUGGGUGAUAAGAAUCAACUGCCAUCCAUCGAACCUGGGAAUUUUUUAAGUGAUAUGUACCAAGCUCUCUUACCGUAUGGCUCCAGUAUCACGCUAAGAACCAAUCACAGAGCAGAGUCUCAACUUAUUGUUGACAAUGCAAGCAGGAUUUGUCGUCGAGAGCUGCCUCGCUUCCCAGAUGAUCCCAACAGAGGGUUCAUUUCACUUGAGUGUCAAUCAAAGCAUGGUGACGUCACAACUGAGUCAGAUGACAUGGCGGUUACACAGGUGGUGCGAGACUUGCUGCAAAACAAAAUAUCAGGGCUCACUUUGCCAGGGCCUGAUAAGUCGCAGUUUAUUGCUUUCCGGAGACGAGACUGCUUGAAUGUUAAUGAACUGUGUGCGGUUCAUUACAAUAACCAUUCCAUUGAGAAUUGCAAAGGAAAAUACGACUUCCAGGCUGGAGAUAAAGUCUGUGUGAAAAAGAACAUCGCUUGCUUCGAUGCUUACACCAAGGAAGACGUGAAGUUCUGUAACGGGGAGAUCUUCUUCAUAAAAGAAGUUAUUGACGAAGAGGAUAACCGUAAAAAGAAAACAACCUACCUAGCUCUGGACAACGGAGAGAAGAUCGUCAAGGUUGAGUUAAAGAUGUUGAAGAAGGCUAAACUUUGCCAUGCCUGGGCCAGGACGAUCCACACCUACCAGGUAUGUAUGUAACUCUUCUCCCUUAUGACCGUAUGAUUCAUACGAUUAGGGAGUUUAAGAUACCACGACGGCGACGGGUACGAAAAGGUCACUUAAAAAGUGAAUUUGUGUUCUUUCAAUCUCUAUCGCGAUUAUGGGAUUCCUGCAGUCGUCCCUCAGACAUCACUUCGUGGAGAAACCAGUGGUGGCGUCAGGCGCGAAAUGUCAGCUGUUUUCUCGGCAGGCUAGUUUUGAGGAUAUCUCUCAUUUUUUAUUCGGUUUUUUCACACGUUUAGUUGAAGACGUCGGUAACGAAAAAUUGUGAAAACACGAUCUGAAGGGAAGGUUUAAAACGUGAGAAUUUCAGCUACUUGGAUAAUGUUAUACAGUGGAAGCUUUCCCGACGAACACUCUCGUAAAGGGACAGCUUUACUUACGGAUACCUUCACAAAACCCCCCUUUACUCAAAUCCAAUACAAUCUCUGUAUUUUUACUUUUCCGUAAGCGGCCGGCUCCAAUUACAGACACCUUUUUCGCUUCCCGAGGGUGUCCGCACUCGAGAGCUUCCACUGUGUAGAAUUUCCACACGCUUCUAUAGCAGUUUUCUCGCUGUUUCUCAAAUCUUGCCGCCCAUUGCCAACAAGACGGUCGUUACGUCAAAGCUCAUCGUUUUUAGGAGGUGGCGUGACCGAGUGAUCAGCGCUUUGGACUCGCAAUCCUGCGAUCCUGGGUGUGUGUCCCGCCCUGACCACUAGCUGGAUUUGCUUCUCGGUCGUCCCGAGUUCAAAUGAACGGUCAUUCUCGUAAAUAGCCAACUGUUUGCCUCCUGUUAUGUUAUAUUUGUAUCUUUUUUGUUUCCGAUUAUUUAAGUGGAGUGCCUGUAAGCUAGCUAGAGCACUCAAGUUAACUUCCGCUAUAAAAAUAAAGCAUUUAUUAUUUACAUUGGUACGUAAACCAGAAUUCAUGAAAGUAUAACCAACAUACAUUUGACAUACAUUUUGUCUAUAUCUUUGUUCUAGGGAUCAGAGAUUGACACAGUUGUAUACGUCGUGGGAAGCCCUAUCUACCAAACCUGCCAACAUGUGUACACCGCUGUCACUCGAGGUGUUCGACAAGUUAUAAUAAUCCACCAUCCUAGGCAUUUGGAAACAGCAGUUAAAACGAAGCCUUUUUCGAGAAACACGAAAUUACAGAGGUUUCUUACUUCAGAUUUAGAAAAGCCACCUGUUUCCAAUGAAGCUGAUAGUGAUGUAGAGGAGGAUGUUACCACUUCUCCAGCUAAUGACGUCAGCAGCAUUUUUCCUGAAAGUGAUGAUCACAGUGAUGUCUUUUCGAGUCAGCAUCUUAGUUCUAAUGGCGAUGUGUCUUGCAUGGGAGAUCUUCAAAAGGGAGAUGGCUGUGGAAGUCGCACAUGCGAGAGCCCAUUCUGGAAAGAUGAACUUAAAGAAGAGGAAGAUAAUGAGAUCCUGGCUUGGGCCUUAGAAGUAGAAAGUUCCCAAACUCAACGAAGCAGCAACACGACCGGAGAUGACACAUACUACAUCUCUAGAAACAAUUUAAGAAUCAAACAAGAGAGAAGGAACCUUUUAGGCUGUCAAAUUAGGCAGGUUGUCCAGUCUGGUGUUGAAGACAUGGGCGAUCAAACUUUCGUGGAUUCUGGGAAUUCCUUUGAUGACAGAAUUAUCCCAUCUUUGAGGAGCGAAAACCUCGGGAAAGAGGAAGCUGAUGCAGUAACAAGUCCCUGCUUGCUGCCCUCUGACAGUCUGACGGGCCAUGCAUUAAGUGGCACAAACACGCUGUCUUUGGCCGCCAAUCAAUUAUCACCAGCUGUCAACAGUUGUAGUGUUUUUCAGGGUAAUAGGAGUUGCCCCGUUAGUUCAGCAUUCCCUUCUCCUCCACAGACUCCACCAAACAGAGGCUGUGAAACUGAGACAAGUGAGAACCUCAUCUGGGGGGAUGAGUUUGAUGAAGAGGAAGAGGACGAAAUUCUUGCUUGGGCUUCUGAUGUGGAAAGUUCCCAGCCGCAGAAAAGUAACACACGGACAGGGGGCGAGUAUCAAGCUUCGGGAAAUAAACUGAACAUCAAACAAGAGACUAGAGGUUUUUCGAACUGCCAUGUUAAACGAGAAAUUAAGAACAUGUGCGAACAAACUUCUCUGUCUUCUGGAAAGUCUCUGACUGAGAGAAGUACCUCAGGAGUGACUAGCGAGAAAGGAGAUGAAGACAGAGCUGGUGCAGUAGGAAAUGCGGCGUAUUCACAGUUUUCUGAAAGUCUUGCUGGCUUCAGAAUGAGCGCUUCAAACACCUUGCCAUCGUCAAUCAAUCAAGUAUCACCA